AUGAUUGGAAUGAAGAAACUAGAAUUGGAUUUUAUUCCAAAAUAAAUAGAGUAAUCAUUCGAUAUGAAUGCUGAUAAGUCAGAUGAUUCAAAUAUAAAAUCAAAUUAAUUGAACUUAAACAACAUUGAGGCUUAAGUUAGCGUUAUAAUGAAUUCAGAAAUUAUCUAAGAACCAGGAGCUAUCUUCGCAUUUAAGAAUUAUGCCUUUGAUGAACUUAAGAAAUCAAGAAGAAAAGAAGGGGAUCAUGAGGAGUUAGAUAUGCUCGAAGUUUUUAGGUUGUUUUCAUAACUAAUGAUACAAAUGAAUGCAACAUCUUUUUAUCUUAUGACUGGACCAACUUUCAACAACUGGAAAAUACUUGACUUUUUCUAAUAAGUUAUCUUUACUAUAGUCAUUAGUGGAACUAUUCCAAUGGAGUGCUUUUUAUUUAUUUCUGCAUUUUUAGGAUCAUACAGGCUAUUACAAGUGCAGGAAGCAAGAGGAGGUUAUUUUACAUUUAAAGAUGCUUUGAAGCUAAUUGGGAGGAAGCUUGCAAGACUAAUUCCAUUAUAUUAUAUAACUCUUUUCUUUGGUUGGGCCGUAAGUUCAAGAUUUUUCGAGGGACCUCUAUAUGGAAUUAGUAAAAAAUUAUAUCUUAAUUGUGAUAAGUACUGGUGGACUUAGUUAAUAUUUAUCGGAAACUUCUUUCCAUUUAUGGGUGAAGCAACACAAGGAUGUAUGUAUUGGUCUUGGUUCGUUUAGGCCGAUGUCCAACUCUACUCUUUAAUUCCAUUAUAUCUAUACCUCUACAGAAAAUCUAAAACGAUAGCUAUUGCCAUCAUGAUAUUUUUAUCCUUAUUCGGAAUAUUUUACAAUAUUUUUGAGGUUUACAGACUCUAACUCAGAGCAGGACCCUUUGCAAUUGAAAAUUUUGACCUGUUUGCUAUUCUUUUCAAUAAACCUUAUACAAAGUUUCAAUACCAUAUUCCAGGUGUAUUUUUUGCUAUUUUCUAUAUGGAAUUGCUGAGAUACAGAAGAGCUUCUGAUGAAGUAAAGAAAGAAAAGUAUUUUAUCAUUCAUUAUUUUACAAAAGCAAAUUGGAUAGGACAGGUAUUUCUACUUGUCGGAUAGUUCUUAGUUGUAUUGACAUUAUUCUCGAAUCAUGAAGCAGUUAAGGACAGCUAUAAAUGGUCUACUCUAGAAAAUGCUAUGUAUUUUGGAUUCAAUAGGCCAGCCUACAUGAUUGGCAUUAUACUUAUUUAUUCUGCAGUGGUUCUUGGUCAUUUUGAAGGACCCAGAAAGUUAUUAAACCAUGAUAUUAUUCGAGCCAUUGGAAAACUUACAUAUGCAAUUGGCUUGUUAUGCCCUAUUAUUAUAAAUCUAGCCUUAUUAGGAUAAGAAAGUGCAUAUUAUUUAGCUUUUUGGAGUGUUAUUUAUCUUUGUAUAGGAAAUUUAGUAGUUUUACUUAUCUGCAGCUUUUUAGUAUAUUUAAUGAUAGAAUAUCCAUGUAAAAGAUUAGUUUAUGGAAUUUGA